AUGGGCAAGUCAUCCAAGGACAAGCGCGACGCCUACUACCGGCUGGCCAAGGAGCAGGGCUGGCGCGCGCGAAGCGCGUUCAAGCUGCUGCAGCUCGACGAAGAAUUCGACCUCUUCGCCAACGUCUCGCGCGUCGUCGACCUGUGCGCCGCCCCGGGGAGCUGGUCCCAGGUGCUCUCGCGCGUGCUCAUCCGCGGGGAGCGCUUCGGGCGCGCCGCGUGGCAGGACCGCGAGGCCCGGCUGCGGCAGCAGAUGCUCGGCAUCGUCGCCGGCGGCCAAGAUGCAGCGACAUCGGGGGCGGCUGAGCCGCGGCGGCAGCACGACGACGAGGUGGAGCAGCAGCAGCAGCAGGCCCGCGCAGACGUCAAAAUCGUCGCCAUCGAUCUGCAGCCCAUCUCCCCCCUCGCGGGCAUCACCACGCUGCGCGCAGACAUCACGCACCCAGCCACGGUGCCGCUGCUGCUCUCGGCCCUGGACCCGGGGGGCUAUAACACCGCCGACGCCGCCGACCAAGACGAAGCCUCCUCCUCUUCCUCGCGCCACCGCGUCGACCUCGUCCUCAGCGACGGCGCCCCCGACGUGACGGGCCUGCACGACCUCGACAUCUACAUCCAGUCGCAGCUCCUCUUCGCCGCCCUCAACCUGGCCCUCUGCGUCCUCAAGCCCGGCGGCAAGUUCGUCGCAAAGAUCUUCCGCGGCCGCAACGUCGACGUCCUCUACGCCCAGCUCAGCAUCUUCUUCGAGAGGGUCGUCGUCGCCAAGCCCCGCAGCAGCCGCGCCAGCAGCGUCGAGGCCUUCAUCGUCUGCCUCAACUUUCGCCCGCCCGCCGGCUUCCGCGCGAGCCUCGAGGAGCCGCUCGGGGUGGGACGGCGCCCGAAUGCUGACCCAGGACAUGCACCAGGAAUCUCCGAAAUAGAAGUAUACGACGAGACGCUCGAGGAGAACGAUGUCGGGACGAGAGCGAAAAGCACAAGGUGGAUUGCGCCUUUUAUUGCUUGUGGCGAUCUAUCGGCCUUUGACUCCGAUGCCUCGUACCAGCUACCCAAGGACUACGUCUCGCUGGACCCCGUGCAGCCACCCAUUGCUCCGCCGUACAAGCGCGCCGUCGAAAUGCGAGCCGCACAGUCUAGGCGGUGA